AUGGCGUGCGUAUCGGAUCAGGUGUUCCCUGCGACGCAUGCAAUCGCGGAAGAGCUGAGCGACGCUGAGGCCUCCCCAUCGCGGCUACCCACGAACCUUCGCGUCAAGGAAGCUCGCCAGCGCCGCCAGGAGUUCCACCAAUGGCUAUCCAGCAAGGCGCGAGCCUCGCAGCAUCGCAAGAGCCGGCGCGACACGGGCAGCGAUACCCCCGGCAGCGACAAUUCCGGCAAGGAAAGUCGUUACAGCGACAGUCCAAGCAGUAUCAGCAGCAGGAGCAGCCGAACGAGCCGCAGCAGCACAAUGACCACCAGCACCAGCAGCGGCGGCUCUGGAAGCUCGGCGGUCCUUUCUGCAGUCACCGGUGAGGCGGAAAUCGACCCUCAGGCGAUCGACGCGGGCGACGCGGGCGAGAGUGGCGACAUCCAUGCGACGACGGACGACGAGGGCGUGGUGGCGACGGAGCAGCAGCAGGAGGAGAUGGCUCGUCGUCUGCAGCAGCGGCUCAUGUCGGCCGAGAAGAAACGUUUGGAGCGCGAGGGCAGCAAGAGAGAGCAGCAGGUCAAGUCCGCGCAGCUGCGCCGACAGGUACGCGCAGCGGCGCAGCAACGGCUCGAGGCUUGGGUGGCGGGCGUUGCGCAGCAGCGCGAGGAGCGCGCGGAGAAGGCGCAGAGCAACCGCGCGGCCAUCCUCACGGCGGGGCAGCAGAAGCGCGCACAGCACUUGGCGCGCGUCUCCACGCGCACAGCGCAACGCGCUCGCCAGGCACAAAUCGAGCAGGAGCGCGCAGCGCAGCUCCUCCAGGCGCUCUCCGACCGCAUCGCCGCCGCGUCGUCGAAGCGCGACGCGCGACUUCUAGCGGAGCGGCAGCGCGCUGCGGCGCAGUGGGAGCAGGCGCGGCAGGUGGCGGCGGCCGUUGUGGAGCAGCGGCAGCGCGAGAACCGCGAGCGGCGGGAGCGGCUGGAGCGCAAGGUGGCGAAGGCGCGCGGAAGGCGCGCGGAGAUGCUGCGGCGGAAGGGCGGCGGGCGCAGGAGCGCGCUGUACACUCAGACGCUGUGCCGCCGCGUGCAGUGGCAGCUGCUCUCGCGCCGCCUCCUGCGCUGCUGGCGCCAGUUCAAGGGGGCCAACAAGACCACGCUCGAGCUCGCGCGCGCCUUCUGCGCCUGCCAAGUCAGCCGCGCGCGCCUCUCCCGCCUGCCCUUCCCGCGCGUGGCCGCGCGCAUCCAGUCCCCCGCGUCCCUCUCCGCCACCGACGCGCUCCUGCAGCGCCUGCACGCGCGCCUGCUCGUGUCCUCCGCCGUCGCUUCCGCCUCCGCCGCCGCGUCCCCCGCCCCUUCCCCCGCCCCCUCCCCCGCCAGCACCCCCUCGUCCUCCCCCGCCGCGUCCCCGCAGAAGCAGCCGAUCUCGGCCAGCAACGCCACGGGCGCAGCGGGUGUGCGCGAUAUCGACCACCUGUUAGCGCAGGUCGCGCCUCCCCCGGGCAAACCCAAGCCCUCAUCAUCAGCAGCAGCAGGGGCUAGCAGCGCGGUUGCAUCUACCACCGGCGGAACGGCCGCGAGUGGCGGAGAGGGCGCGCGGAAGGGGCGGUAUCCGCCGCGCGUGUUCCUGUGCGCGUACAUGAUCGUGCUGCACCCCGACGCUGUGCUCUCGUGCCUCACAGGCGAGCGCGAGGCCGCCCUGCGCGUUGCCGCUGCUGCCCUCGUGAGCGCGUUUGAAGGGCUUGUGAGAUUCCUGCUGAGACGACCCACCCCUUCUGCUGCUGGUGCUAUUGCUGCCGCCUCUGCUGCUCCUGCUGCCACUGCUUCUGCGUCUUCCACUGCUGCUGCUGGUACCACCUCUGCUGCUGCGUCUACCGCGUCGUCCUCCCCAGCUGCUCCGGCUGCAAGUCCCUUCGCCGCCACCCCGGCUGCAGCCACUCCCGCGGGCACUGCUUCCGGUGGUGGUGCUGGAAAGGCAGUGGAAGCAGUAAAGCCGUUUUCGCAGCACCUGGCGGAGUUUGAUGCGGCGUGGGUGGAUUACCUUGAGAGAUUCGUUGCCUGGAAGGCGCGUGACAAAGAACGAAUGGAGGCGGACAUGGUGAGCAUGGCGUGCCAGAUGCACGCCAGCAUGUUGCGCCGCACGGCUCACCUCCCUGACGAACGCAUCUCCGAGGACCUCAGAGCCAUCCGCGAGCAGGUGGCCAAGGAUAUUCCCAUGCUGCGCAGCAAGCUGAGGGGGCUAGCCGGAGAAGCAGGAGUGGCACGGAUGGACGAGGCUCUCGCCCGCACCCACCGCGACUUCCUCGCCGGCACCCUCCCUGGAUCCCCCUCCGCCUCCCCUUCCCCCUCCCCCUCCCCUUCCCCUUCCCCCUCGCCUUCCCCCUCCCCCGCUGCCUCCGCCACUUCCUCCCCCGCCUGCUCCCCGUUCACCCUCUCACGCGCCUCGCCGGGUGCCGCGUCUCCCACCCACUUCUCCCUCUCCUCCUCCCCCACCAACCCAAGCCCUCUCUCUGGUACUACCACUCCCUCUGCCACUCCCACUUCCAUUGCUACUGCUACUCCACCCUCUGCCGCAGCAGCAGCCACCAGCUCUGCCACUUCUGCUGCCGCCUCUGCUGCUCCCUCCAGAGCCCCCAAGGCCCGUCGCUCGCUCUUCCAGUUCUCCUUCCCGCCCGCCAAACCAGCGCCGGCUGCAGGCUCGGAGGACACAUCCAAGGCUGCGAGGGAGGUUCGGGGGGCGCUGCAGGGGGCAGCGGCAGGGCCGGGGGGCAGUCCCAUGCGAGCAGGGGCAUUCUUUGUGCCUCUGGAUGCUGAAUCAUCAGACCCCACCGUCCCUACCGGUCGCACUUCUCCGCCUGUGGCUGCUACUGCUGCUGCUGCUGCUGCUGCUGCUGCUGGGAGCGCAAGCCCUUCAAUGGUAGCCCUGCCUGUGGGCCCCCCUCCUCCCCCUCCCGAGCUGCUGCAGCUGCACCUCAGCCUCUACCGAAGCUCCACCCUUGCUGCUUCCGCUGCUGCCUCUACUGCUACUGCUGGAGGAGCAGCACAGGGAGGCGGGGACCUGGAGGCGAGGAUGAAGGCGGCCAUGCACCGGGCCUUCUGGGACGCCACCCUCGCCUCGCUGCUCGCCUUACCGCCCGACACGGCAGCAGCGGCGCGCCUGGUGGACGAACUGCGGGGGGAGCUGCUGCGCGUUGCCCCGCGCGCCUGGCACUACGAGGUCACAGCCAACCUUGCUCUGGAUGAGGCGGACCUUGAGAAGAUGCUCACACAAGGAACGCCAGACUCCUUCCACAGUCUGCAAGCCCUGCUCGCCUAUGCCACGGACCUCACUCUGCGCCUCGGCGCGCCCUUCCGAGACGACGCCACACGUGCGGCCCUGGCACGGCUCAACCAGGAGCUGGGUGCGCUAGUGGCGACAGGUGGCGCGCGCUCAUUGGCGGAAGCUGUGGUGAAAGGGCUCAAGUUUGCAUUUGAGCGGCUGGAGGAGCUCAAGGCGGACAUAGCAGCAGCACGAGCGCGCCUCACGCCCCUCGCCACCACCGCCGCCACCCUCCAAGCUGCCCUCGCCAAGCGCUUCGACCUGCCCGCCUACCCCACCCCUGCUGCCCUCACUGCCUCCUCGUCCUCUCCCUCUCUCUCCCUCUCAACCAUCAAGGAGAAACUUCCACGCACUUUCUCCUGGGUUGCGAGUUCUCUCAGCCAAUCCAUCCCCUCUGCACGAGCCGAGCUCCAACCGUACCUCGCCACAUCAGCAUCUGCCUCCACCUCAGCAGCAUCAUCAGCAGCUGCCACCCUCCCAUCUGCAUCCGCCCUCCGCACCGGCCAGCGAACUUUGUCUUCUUCUGGGGCAGGCACAAGCAGCAGCGGGAACGGGUCUAUUGACUGGGCGGCAGCGGCGUGUGUGGUGCGCGUGGGGCUGGUGGAGGUGGUGACGUCAGCGGAGGGCGCGGAGGGCGGCACGGUGGCGGAGGUGCUGUGGCUGGACGUGGGCAAGCUGAGGCACGCGCAGAACGAGUUCCAGUGUGUCGUUGUGGUGGCCAUCGGUCUCCUACUCCUGCGCCAGCUCCUGGCAGCACGAGCCAUCCUGCCAUCGCCAGCAGUGGAGGCUGUAGUAGCCGCCACGCGCACCACCCUCGCCCGCCUCGUCUCCUCCCCCGACGCCUCCCGUGCUGCCCUUGCCUCGGCCCUCGCCGACGCAGUCAUCUCUGCAGCCAACACCAAGACAGCCCCUGCAGCAGCAGGAGCACCUGCUGAUGCUGCCUCUGCUGCCCCUGACAGGGCAGGCAUUGAGGCACUGGCGUCAAGCCUGCUGCUGCGUGCGCUCGCCCCCACCGAUGCCAUCUUCCUCCGCGUGCGCGCCUCUGUCGCUGCUGCCCUGCGCGCCCUGCUGCUGCUGCGCCCCGUGAGCCAAUCACAGGCGCUGCUGGCCGCCCAGGCUGCUCUCAGGAAGGCUGCCGCUGGGGACCUGCUGAGUGGGAGUGAGGAGGUGGGGGAGGGGAGGGGUGAGGGAGGAGAGGGCGUGGGAGUGACCAAGGUGGUGAGGCUGGUGGAGGAGAUGGCUGAUGUGGUGCUGGCAGUGCAUGAGCCGCUCGUGCGUGUGGCCAUGGCUGAUGCCACUCAGUGA